GCAGUACAUCAGAUCUCCUAAGGGUGGGACUUCUUCUUGCUUGCUUGAUCCCCUAUCACAACAUUUCGCAAAAAAGAGAAGAAGUACAGUUCAAGUUCUCUUUUCACUUUAUAAUCAGCCGUGACUGGAGUUAAUGAACAUGUCCAGAGGAGGAAUCGUCAUUCUUUUUUUGUCUUUAUUGUUUGAGUCUUCAUCAUCUCAACAACAAUGCGAAAAGGAGACAGACUGCCCCAAAGAGAACCAGAAUGUUUUCAGUUCAUCUACGACAGAAAUCCCACGCUUCCUGAAACCAGGUGUGACAGAGCUUUUCUUUGUGGAUAGCCAGAUUCAAACAAUCCCCAAAGAAGCCUUUGCUGAAAACCGCCAGCUUGAAAAGGUGGAGUUCAUGAACACCGGCACGACAUCCAUCGAGCUGGGAGCUUUUGAAGGUUUGGUAAACCUCAAGUAUAUUGAGAUCUCCAGCACUCCAUUAAAGUCGAUCCCAGUCGGAGUCUUUAAGGACCUCAGCAACCUCGAGAAGAUUGUACUGAAGCUAAACAAGCUCCAAAGCCUGGAGAAAGGCUUGUUUGACGGCCUUGAAAAAUUACAAGAGCUCCAGCUGAAUUCGAAUGAGAUCGAAACGAUUGAAGACGGGACCUUUCAUGGACUUGAGAACCUUAAAUACCUUCAUUUGGCUAGAAACAAUCUCUCUGCUUUAUCUGUCGACUGGUUCUCAAAGCUAAACAAACUGCAGAUACUACGGCUUUAUGAGAAUCAGCUGACCACCAUUCCUGAAGAGAUUUUUCAAAACUUGCCAAACUUGAAAGAAAUUGGCUUGCAUGGAAACAAGAUAGCAGAAUUGUCACCUAAUCUAUUUCCACAUAAAGACAAACUAUACAAGCUCUUAUUGGAUAGCAAUCUUCUGACUAGUUUACCUGAAGGAUUCUUCGUUGGCUUCACUCAGCUUAAAACACUGACCCUACACAAGAAUAUACUCACAAGUCUACCGCCUGUACUUUUUGGAGAAAUGCCUAAACUUACACAGUUAAGCUUCAGUCAGAACAAUCUCAGCACUCUUCCCAGAGGAAUAUUCAGCCCGCUGAAGAAAGUCAAGAAGUUAGAUCUGUCUAAGAAUCAGUUUGUCACUUUGAAUGCUGAAUACUUUGAAGGCCCUGAGAAGCUCACAGACCUGAAUCUGCAGAACAACAAGAUAAAGUCGCUGGACGCAGAUGUGUUUGAAAAGCUACAAUCACUGACCACGCUCAAGCUAGCUCACAACGACCUCCAGACACUUCCUGGGGAUAUUUUUGAGACUUUACCAAAACUAAAAAUACUUUACCUCAAUGACAACCCUUGGCACUGUGACUGUAAUCUGAUAGAGCUUCACCUUUGGAUGAAGGCAAACUCUGACAAGAUUGUGUCUCCUGCUGUCUGUGAGUAUCCAGAGAAUCUUAAAGGGCAAGAAAUCAAAUUAUUAACAGAGGAUCAAUUAAUCUGCCCCACCCUUCCCCCUACAACCACCAUCACCACAACUACUCCCACAACAACCACGACUCUCCCAACUACAGAACCAACAACCACCAUUCUUACUACCACAACAACACUUCCAACAACACCAACCACCACUUCACCCCCCACAACUACCACAACUCUCCCAACUACAGAACCAACAACCACCAUUCUUACUACCCCGACAACAACACCCACCACUUUGGCAACCACCACUUCACCCCCCACACCCACCACACUUCCAAUGGCAGAACCAACAGCCACCAUUCUUACUACCACAACACCACUUUCUACAACACCAGUCAUCAUCAGACUGCCCACAACCACCACAACUCCACUUUCAACAGCAAACCUAACUACCAUUAAAAAGGUACCAACAACCACUGGUCUGCCAAUACCCACAACAACUCCUGCCACCAUGACCACCGCCACAACAACUUCAACAAGUCCACUAACCACCACCACAAGUGCACCCACAACCAUUCUGACCACAUCUACGCCUUUGUCCAUGACGGCCAGCCUCAGCAUACCACCAAUCACCAGCCAAACAACAACGCCUCCUUCACAAACCACUCCUGUGAUUAUCUGCAUCGCACUGCUCGCGCUUGUGGUCAUUUGCAUGCUGGCACUGGCUACGCUCACUUUUUACCGACUGCUGCAGAGAAGAAAGAAGAUGAACCAGAGGGUCAAACUCAUCAGCAUCUCUUACACGACAGAGUUCAUCCUUAGGCCUCUAUUAAUGGACCUGACCCCGACCCUUCAUGUGCUCCUACUUCUCUGUUUCAUCAACGCUGUUGUUCAGGCAUGCCCGGAUGGAUGCAAAUGUCAUGACACCAAAAUACUCUGCAGUGGUCUUUCGGACUUCCCCACAACUGUGCCGUCAUCCACCACAGGCCUCUACUUCUCCAAUUGCAGUAUCUACUUCCUGAAACCAGAGGAUCUGGCUGAUUUUGCUAAUGCCCUUGGCAUCUUUGUGAUUAAGGACACUGUUUUAAGGGAAGUGCGCACUGGCACAUUUGAUUCCACUCCAAACAUAGGUGCCUUAGCGUUUACCACCACUGAGCUGCAGGAUCUCCCCGAGGCCUUGUUCCAACAUCUUAAGAGCCUUGAGUCUCUGAAUCUGAAGAGCAACAAGCUCCUGGUACUCCGCCCUAACUGGUUUGCCCCAUUGACACAGCUGAAACUCCUUGACCUCAGUAAGAACUUUUUCACUUCUGUACCCGUGGAAACAUUUCACCCUCUUACUGAGUUGCAGUACCUUAUGCUCUCUGGAAACAAUAUCAGUCAACUACCAAGUGAGACAUUCAAAGGUCUUACUAAGGUAAAAACCUUACGGCUUAACAAAAACUCGCUAAAGGAACUUCCCCUGGGCAUUUUUGAUGACCUUGGAGACCUGGAGGAACUAUCUCUACAUGAUAAUCUAAUCACUCAUCUCCAUCAUAACAUCUUCUCCAAGACUUCAAAACUCCAAAAGCUGUUCCUCUCUAACAACAGGCUCACAUCUCUUCCACAAGGGAUCUUAUUAAACCUGCCCUUGCUUUCCCAGAUCUCUCUGUAUGAAAACCAGCUGGAGAGUCUGGGACCAGGGGUGUUUGGGCCCAUGCCGUUGCACGAGUUGUGGCUGUAUGACAACAAACUGAAGCAUGUGGAGGAUGACACAUUCAGGAACCUGACACAGUUGCGUCUCCUUGUGCUCAGUCGCAACCAGAUCAGCUCUGUAUCCAUAAGGGCCUUUGAAGGGUUGGAGCAGCUGGGAGAGGUAUCACUUCACACCAAUCUGCUCACAACCCUUCAAGCUGGGACUUUCCAAGGUCUGCCCAGGCUGGUCAACAUUUCCCUGGAGCACAACUUCAUCAGCUCCCUCCCUGUGGGUUUUCUCAAGGGACUGAGCAACCUGGGGCAGAUAGACUUGCAAAAUAACUCCCUUCCCAACCUGCCACAGGAGAGUCUAGAUGCCCUCAGUGCAGCAAGGGAAGUUCUCUUGCAGCAGAACCCCUGGAAGUGUGACAAGGAUAUUCUGCCACUAAGAGACUGGCUGACAAGGCACCCAUCCAAAACCAACCAAACUCUUGUGGUCUGUGAAACACCUCUCAGUCUGACUGGUGAGGUCAUUGCUCUGCUGGCAGAUGAGAACUUCCUGCCUCUCAGCUCAACAGAGGAGCCCAUGUUGACCUCAACAGAGAAAAGGAGGAAACCCCAAACUCCCCCAACAAGACGAAGUACUCCCUCACCGGCUGUCAAGACCACCCCCACUUCAGAGCACGAGGAGGUCACUGGCAGUGGACAAGGGGAGAAGGGAACAGUUUCUAAUGAUACUUCAAUCAUCCUAAUCGUCAUCGCAGUAGUGGCCACUGUUAUCAUCAGCACUGUCAUUAUCAGCUGUGUGUGCUGGAAGAGGAACAAGAAAGGCAGGGGAAAUAUAGGCCGCAGAAAUAAGAACUCUGUGCUGAUGAACAUGUCCAGAGGAGGAAUCGUCAUUCUUAUUUUGUCUUUAUUGUUUGAGUCUUCAUCAUCUCAACAACAAUGUGAAAAGGAGACAGACUGCCCCAAAGAGAACCAGAAUGUUUUCAGUUCAACUACGACAGAAAUCCCACGCUUCCUGAAACCAGGUGUGACAGAGGUUUUCUUUGUGGAUAGCCAGAUUCAAACAAUCCCCAAAGAAGCCUUUGUUGAAAACCGCCAGCUUGAAAAGGUGGAGUUCAUGAACACCGGCACGACAUCCAUCGAGCUGGGAGCUUUUGAAGGUUUGGUAAACCUCAAGUAUAUUGAGAUCUCCAGCACUCCAUUAAAGUCGAUCCCAGUCGGAGUCUUUAAGGACCUCAGCAACCUCGAGAAGAUUGUACUGAAGCUAAACAAGCUCCAAAGCCUGGAGAAAGGCUUGUUUGACGGCCUUGAAAAAUUACAAGAGCUCCAGCUGAAUUCGAAUGAGAUCGAAACGAUUGAAGACGGGACCUUUCAUGGACUUGAGAACCUUAAAUACCUUCAUUUGGCUAGAAACAAUCUCUCUGCUUUAUCUGUCGACUGGUUCUCAAAGCUAAACAAACUGCAGAUACUACGGCUUUAUGAGAAUCAGCUGACCACCAUUCCUGAAGAGAUUUUUCAAAACUUGCCAAACUUGAAAGAAAUUGGCUUGCAUGGAAACAAGAUAGCAGAAUUGUCACCUAAUCUAUUUCCUCAUAAAGACAAACUAAACAAGCUCUUAUUGGAUAGCAAUCUUCUGACUAGUUUACCUGAAGGAUUCUUCGUUGGCUUCACUCAGCUUAAAACACUGACCCUACACAAGAAUACACUCACAAGUCUACCGCCUGUACUUUUUGGAGAAAUGCCUAAACUUACACAGUUAAGCUUCAGUCAGAACAAUCUCAGCACUCUUCCCAGAGGAAUAUUCAGCCCGCUGAAGAAAGUCAAGAAGUUAGAUCUGUCUAAGAAUCAGUUUGUCACUUUGAAUGCUGAAUACUUUGAAGGCCCUGAGAAGCUCACAGAGCUGAAUCUGCAGAACAACAAGAUAAAGUCGCUGGACGCAGAUGUGUUUGGAAAGCUACAAUCACUGACCACGCUCAAGCUAGCUCACAACAACCUCCAGACACUUCCUGGGGAUAUUUUUGAGACUUUACCAAAACUAAAAAUACUUUACCUCAAUGACAACCCUUGGCACUGUGACUGUAAUCUGAUAGAGCUUCACCUUUGGAUAAAGGCAAACUCUGACAAGAUUGUGUCUCCUGCUGUCUGUGAGUAUCCAGAGAAUCUUAAAGGGCAAGAAAUCAAAUUAUUAACAGAGGAUCAAUUAAUCUGCCCCACCCUUCCCCCUACAACCACCAUCACCACAACUACUCCCACAACAACCACGACUCUCCCAACUACAGAACCAACAACCACCAUUCUUACUACCACAACAACACUUCCAACAACACCAACCACCACUUUGCCAAUCACCACUACAGUCCCAACAACCACCACACUACCAACCACAGAACCAACAACAACCACUCUUACUACAACCACAACUACUACAACACCAACCACUAUUCUGCCAACCACCACACCUGUCACCACACUCCCAACCACAGAGCUAACUACCACCACACCUACAACAACCACAACUACCACAACACAAACAACCACUUUACCAACUACAGCUAUAACGACCACCUCUUUGUCCACAACAUUGUUAACCACAACCACCACAACAAUAACAACAACUACCACAGCACUAACAACCACAAUAUCGACAACUGCACCCACAACCACACCCACAACCACAAUAACAAUAACCACACCCACAACCACAAUAACAACAACCACACCAACAACCACUAUGACAACAACUCCACCAACGACCACCACCACCACAACUACGCCCACAACUACUAAGACCACGACGACACCUUCAACAACUAUGCCAACAACAACCACCCUCCCAACUACCCAAACAACUACGCAUCCUCUACAAACCACUCCAGUGAUCUUCACCUGUCCCAUGAAGCCGGUCACUCAGGAGCCAUCACCUUCCUUCAUGCAUAACUACAGAAACAAAAUUCAGGGGUGCAAAUCUCAGCUGAUGAUGUACACCGUAUUGCUGGUGGUGGAAAUCACCUGCACACUGGCUCUGGCUAAGUUUACCCUGUCUCUUUACCGCCUGCUGCAGCACAGGGAGAGGAUGAACCAGAGGGUCAAACUCACCAGCUUCUCCUACAGGAGAGAGGUCAUCCUCAGACCUCUAUGAGAGGCACAGACUGAAGGACAGCACUUUAGAAGAGUUCACUCUUGUUAUGCCAAUGAUGAUAAAUAAGCACAUCAGCAGCCGUAUGACCUGCCAAAGCCUCCCUAAGUAAUAUGUUGAACACCUAUUUGCUCAUAUAAAGGCUAGCAUGUAGCACUUAAAAAGACAGUUACAAGCUGCUCAGCUCUGUACUCACCGAC